GAUGCAGACGGAGAAAACCAGCAGGCAGGCGUUAGAGCAAGUCAGAGCGGGAGUGAAAGAGCACCAGACAGCAGGGUGGAGGGAGAGAGAGGAAGAGAGAGAGAGGGAAACAGAGAGAGAGAAAGGGUGAGUGCAUGUGUGGCCAGAAAGAGAGAGGCAAGAGAGGUAGCUAGAGAGCUCGAGGGAGACGAUAGAGUGGGAGCGAUAGAGUGCUAGAUAAUGGAGGUACAGUCGGAGUGUUUGGAGCCUCCUGUGGCCCCUCAGUGUGACCCCCAGCCUGCAGGGAAGAUCAACAAAGCUGCCUUCAAACUCUUUGGGAAGCGACGCACUGGCUCUGGGAUGGCCAGCUUCUUCUCCUUCAGGAACAAAGGGGCUACCAACAGCGGAAACAAUGGGAAUUCUGACAAUGGAAAUUCUUUGAAUGGGAACAGCUCAGCAGCAUCGGUGGAGCUUGUGAGGAGCAAAACCCACGAUGGACUAACGAGCUCCAACAACGACGCUGAUGGACAGAGAGGGGAUGGACUUGCCAGCCUGGAGGCGGGACCUGUGAGGUCUCUCAGCAAAUCGUUGAGUUUCUUCUCUCUUCUCCGACGUGGGAGUUUUAGGUCAAGUGAAAAUGGAGGGGCGGGGCUUGUCAGAAGAGGGAGGGGCCUUAAGGGCUUCUUUAGCAGCAUGCGAUGGAGACGUAAAGAAAAAACAAACGAGGGAGAUGGGGAAGAGGUGGAAGGUAAGAAGGAGAAGGAUGGAGAUACCACUGACUCUGAAAAGGUAAAGGAUAUUACCCUAACCCUUGAACCACCUCCACAUCAUCACCAGGAGGACUGUGGGAAUGCAGAAGCAGGACACAAUCUCCAAGCAGCAGAGACUCCCACUACUAGUGUUACCAUAACACCCCCACACUGUGCUGCCAUACCAGGGCCAUCUGGUGAGCUAGACUCCCCCUUUCCUUACACACCUACUGACUCGCCACUGCGCCCUCCCAUCCAAAAAGCCAAAGCGUCAAUUUCCAGCCUCACCCCCUCCCUUGCUACACCCCCAUUGGAUCGCUGCAGCACGGGGGACCCACCCUCAGAGCCUUCAGUGGACCGACUCUGCUCUCUCCUCUUCACUGAUGUCACGUCCCUCAAGAGCUUCGAUUCUCUGACGGGCUGUGGUGACAUUAUUGCUGAUGCAGACGAGGAGGGGCCAGUAGGUAAUGGGGGCAGUGGCACUAGCAGCAGCAGCAGUGGGGGAGGAGGGGGGAGUGUGGGAGUCAGCACUGGGAGAGCAGUUGGUAUGACCAGUGCCGCGUGUCGGGGUUCCCCAUCUAAACCCUCUGUAUCUUCCCAGCUGACCCAGCCCAUGUUCUCUGUCUCCCCAAGCUCAGUGUCUGCCUCCCUCCCGGCCCGCACCCGGGCGCCUCCUCCACCACAGCAGCACCCGGCUGGUAGUGGUGUGGUGGCCUACAUGGGUGGAGGGGAAGAAAUGGCAAGCCCAGAAGGUGUGGAUGAUGCUGACAUGCAGGGGCUCUGGCACAUGCUGCCUUCCACAGGAGACAAUUCCCCUGCACUGCCCAGAUCGCAUCAGCCUUCAUCCACUACCCCCACUUCCACUUAUCCCCCUCGUACCAACCCCACCAGCUGUCACCUUCCCUCAGCCUCCCGAAGUGCAGACAGAAAGGUGCCCCAGGUAAAGGCAUUGGGACUGAGUAAGAUUCCAAUAGUUGGGGGAGCAGGAAGCAGGGCAGCUAAGCCCCCCCUCCCUCACUCGCAUGGCCGUCAUCCAACAUCACCUGGUGAGAAAGAGCCCCUUAGCGAUGAGGGCUACUGGGACACACCCUCAGCAACACCUACAGCAACACCAGAUGAGAGUGGGCUGCAGCGGAACCAAAAGAUGGCCCUAUCAAGGGACAGUUGCUCUGGAGACCACCUGUAUGACCUCUACAAUGAUCCCGAGGAGGAAGGAGAAGAUCAGGGGGAAGAUGAAGAUCUAAACAGUACUCCCUCUCCAUCUACUGAAUACAAAAUGAGCCCCACCUCCCAAACAACUCCCCCUUCCUCCUCCUCUUCUUCCUCCUUCCGAUCAAUGAAAGGCAGCGCCAGCCUUCCUCGAGAGUCCAAGAUCCCUGUAAGCAACAAACAACAAACUCCACCUCCUCACUCUGUAAGCCAGUCAGCCCUGUCGUCUGUUCUAGAAGCUGAAUCCCCUCAGCCAAAGACUCAAGCGCCUCCCCCAGCUCGCACCAGAAUCCCUGUGUCCAAGGUACCUGUCCGUCGCUCUGGAAACAAACCUGGCAGCACAACCAGAGGACCCUCCCACAAGAAGUAGUUUCUGUCAAACAGGUGAUUCUCUCGUGCUAACUUUUGGACUUGGGUGCACAUUGCUACAGUGCUGUUUAUGCAAAGCCAAAAGUUGUCCCAGACCAAGAAAAAUGUUGAGCUGCAGAGUUAACAGCCUAUAAAUUCCUUUCAAAUCUUAAAAGCUCUCAUUCCUUAGGUUUUUUUUGGCUUAUGUCGGACUACACUAGAAUAAGGGGUUUUGUUCACUUGAGAAAGUCACAAGGAGACUCCAAAAAGCUGGGUUAACGUUUCAAAGCUCUCACUGGAACUUUUGAAGUUGGCUAUUGACAAUCCAUGGAUUCGCAAAAGACACACUGGCCUUGUAAGUUCUUGGUAAAGCUCCUGACCUGCUGACAGUUCAAAAGCCACUUUGACUGGAAACAAAAAGCAGAGCACCUUUUUAUCUUUUACAUUUUUGUUAUGGAAUUCCUCUUGGCAUAACUCAAUUUGCUGGACCUAAUCUAAUCAAAGUUUAUUAUUGUUAUUAUUAUUGUUAUUGUUAUUAUCAUUAUUAUUAUUUUGUCAUUUUGUCUAAUCCAUAACAAAUUACCUCCUAAUCCUCUGAUUUUAGAGCCAAAGUUAAAAAAAAACACAUAUUCUUGAUUUUACAGCUUCUAUUAGUCUGAAACAGACUCAACAAUAUACACAGCCUUGAAUAACCUACAAUUUUUUUUGUUUGCUGUGCGUAUUAGUCACUUUUUGAAGAUGGUCUUCUUCUGAUCACACACUAUAAUUAAACUGGAUGUGCAAAGAUACAAACGGAUGCAGAUCUAAACCAUUUUUAUUACUUACCUGCUUUGCAGUAACAAACAGAAGGCCACACAGCUCAUGUUUUUGGAGGGGGACACAUCCUCUAUUUUUGACUGGUUAAUUUUUUAUUCUGGAUGGACUAAGCUUGGCUUUGGCUGGUUGCAUUUGGAUCCCAUUUAUACCCUACUGCAUCACAGGAUGUACAUUCAUAGGAUGUCAGUCUCUGGGAUUUACAACUGUUUUUUUUCAUUUCCAAUGGAAACCUGCAAAACUAUCGCAAUACUUUACCUGGAGGGACCCUUGCACUGAUGCUUCAUUACUCAUAGACAGACACUCAGCACACACAUGCAUACAAAAUCAUACUUGCACACACACAGUCUCUCUUGUUCUCUGCAUGCAGUGCCAUACACCCGAGGCAAAAAGGUCAGGGAACAUCAUCUAAUGCUGAAGGAUCUUAUAUCCGCACACUGUUCAACCUUUGGCACUGUCUUUGUAGCUACACUGGAUAACUUUUCUCUCAAAGGACACAUGCACAAACAAAUUUUUUUCUAGUUAGUACUUUUUUCUUCACUGGAUUUCAUACUGUUUUUAUAGGCUACUCUUUCCUAAAUCAUUCUGCACGGAUCUUAAACUGUGAUUGCACCAGCUUCUUAUCACUCUGCUUUCUUUUCUCUCUUUUCUAGCAUAGCCACUGUACAGGAUGAAGUGAGUGGAUAACAAAGAGGCUUUCUGUAUGUCAGCCAGUUUAAGAGAGCCAAAAUAUACCACAAAGCAAAAUUUGGAAACUGAUUCUGAGUCGGUUCAGAGACCUUCACCCUUCUUCUUCUGGCUGUUGUACUAAUAAACAUUGUAUGACUUAAUUCCAGGAACCACCGCAGCUGUGUGUGAAUCUGAAUGUAGCCUGACAUUGUUCUAGAUCACUGGUUAAUAUAUAUUUUCUUGUAUUUGUUUGUUUUCCUCUUUACCCCUGUUUUGUAGGGGCAAGGCUUUGAAAAAUGAAGACAAACUACUACAUAGUGGGUGUAGCCUUGCAAAAAGCGCCACUUGUUUUAAAAAUGAGGGGUGUAUUGCAGUCUUAUGUCUUAUAAGGCCUUUGUUAGUGAUUCAAGUUAUAGGGAUUUUCAUAGGAAAAGACGUUGACGAUGAUGCAAGUUUUCCCUAAUCCUAACCACCAGGCCACCAAUGACAACUGAGGGUCAUUCUAACUCAUGAUAGCUUUCAAUCUCAUUUAGAAUGUAAUGAUUGAUCCACAGCAUUGCUCCAGGUUCAGAUAUCUUUUCAGCCCCCUGACAGUGUAGCAUAGGCAGACCAUGGAGUAACCUGAUUCCAGGUCUGCAGGAGGAACAUUUCUAGGCACAUAAAGAGGGCAGACUAAAGGUCACUUGGGGAGAGAAUGCUCACCUUGGUUCAUGCUUUCUCUGCCUAUAUUGUGCUCUUUACUCUUUCAAUUUAAUCUACAACCACGCUUCCCUUCUAUUGAUUUCUGAUUGACAAAUGAGUGAUUUAAUGAAAAAAAAGUGAUGACAUUUUGUUGUGUUUUGGGGUGAUACAUAUGGCAACAAUGUGAAUCUCCAAAGUAGUUCUAGUAAAAAAAAUUUAAAAUCAGUUGUCAUGAGUGUAGAUUUUCGAACAAAUUAUUUGCCUGAAGGGUUCAAAAAAGCUCAUUUUGCUUCAUAAAUGGGAACCCACACUGCUGCCAAUGAAAUUACGUUAAUGCUACAAUUAACCAAGAGAAUGCAAAUAUGAACAGGACAACUGAUCAUUAUGUGUCAUAUGUUUCACCAGUUUUGUUCCAAUAGGGCAUCCCUUUCUGUUGAUGUCACUCUGUUCUUAAUAACAAAGUUUGUGUUACUAGAACUUCCCUGUUCCUUCACCUCUUCCAGGUCUGACAUGCUGAAAAUGAAAGUUUAUCCAUUCCACUAGCGUAUACGUACAUACCCCUGAGGCCACAAUAUUGUCCCCAGAUUCAGUUCCUUAUUUUUUGCUGACUGAUGUUUCUCUUUUUCUGUUUCAUUAUGAAUGUGGGUCUUCCUACGAUCAUUUGCUGCAAAGAAGAGCCCAUUAUGUUUUAUGUUUCCCUUUUUUGUUAGCGUGUGUCUGUUUUACAGUGUGAAAUCCUUCCACUAUUCAUUUUUAAUGAAUAAAACUGUAUUUGCGCUGA